AUGCCACAAAUCGGCUGGUAUGGGCUCGGGUCCAUGGGCCUAGCAAUGGCCUCCAACCUGCAGCGCCACCUAGCCACGAAGAAGGCCACGAGUCUGAUGUACUCGAACCGCACGAUGUCGCGUGGAUCACCCCUGCAAGCACUGGGAGCAACCGCAGAACCCAACUUCGAGAAGGUGGUCUCCCAGUGUGGAAUUAUUUUCACCAUGGUCUCGAAUGACUCAGUCCUCCAAAGCCUGCUAUCCACCGUCAUGGGUUCAAGCCAGUCCCUGAAGGACAAGAUCUUCGUCGAUUGCUCAACUGUGCACCCCGAGACUGUAAGAUCGGCUGUGUCGCAGCUGAAAAGCAAGGAUGCAUCGUACGUAGCAGCGCCCGUCUUCGGCGGAAACCCAAUUGCCGUGGAUGGCAAGCUUGUUUUUGCCAUUGGUGGCCCUAAGAGUGCGACUGAGACCGUCAAACCUCUGAUCCAGGAUGUGAUGGGUCGGCGUGUGAUUGAUUGCGGUGAGGAUGCUACGAAGUCCUCGCUUCUGAAAAUUGCAGGUAACAUUGUUACUGUCAAUAUGAUGGAGGCUGUUGGUGAGGCUCAGGUCUUUGCUGAGAAGACCGGGCUCGGAACUGGUCCUAUGGAGGAGCUCAUUGGUGAGGCUUUUGGUCCUGUUGCUGGAGGGUAUUCAAAGAGGUGUGUUAUGAUAUUGUUCCGGUGCUGGCAUCGGCUCUUCAUACUUAUCUUUGUUUCCAGAUUGACUACCGGGGCUUAUGCGCCGCCCUUGCACUCCCGUCCUGGAUUUGGGGUUUCUCUCGCCAUUAAGGAUGCCAGACAUGCUAUGUCGAUGGCCCAGGAGCAGGGUGUUGAGCUUCCUGGCCUUGAGAUUGCUCGGGCCAACAUGGAGGCCGCAAGGGAAUAUGGCGGGGAGUGCCUAGACAGCAGUGCGAUGUAUGGGACUCUGCGCCAGAAGGCUGGUCUGGAGUUUUGGAACGAGAAGAGCAGGAGAGAGUAA